AUGCUGCUCGAGUCGCCCGUCGCUACGAGCUUCCGAGAAGGCCUGCUGACGCCCAAGUGGCACGAGGCGGCGCAGCCGUGCACGCUCGGCUGGAGCCACCUCUCAUAUACAGUGACGAAGCAGUGCAAGUCCAUCCUGGCCGACAUUUCGGGGCGGUGUGCGCCGCGCGAGAUGCUAGCGAUCCUUGGCCCGUCGGGAAGCGGCAAGACAACCCUUCUGGACCUGCUCGCCGACCGCAUCUCGAGUGGCAAGACGACGGGUGCCAUUGAAGUCAACGGCCAGCCACGCGACCACCGAAGCUUCCGGUCGCUCGCCUCGUACGUGGCCCAAGAGGACGCGCUUCUCGGGUCCUUUACGGUGCUGGAGACCCUCCAGUUUGCCGCACGGCUGAGCCUCCCGUCGUCGAUUUCGGCGUCGGCGCGCGAGGCUCGGGUCCGCGCUGCCAUCAACGACAUGGGGCUGUCGUCCUGCGUCGACACGCGUGUCGGGGACAUCUUCCGCAAAGGGCUUUCGGGCGGCCAGAAGCGGCGUCUCAGCAUCGCGAUCGAGCUCCUCAAAGAGCCGACGAUUUUGCUGCUGGACGAACCGACGUCGGGCCUCGAUGCAGCGUCGACCGUCAGCGUGGUCGAGCACCUGCGUCAUUUGAGCACCGACCGGGGUUGUACCGUGCUCUGCACGAUCCACCAGCCGAGCUCUGACGUGUACGACCUAUUCACGUCCGUCCUCGUCCUUGCGGCCGGUCGCACCAUGUAUUUCGGCCCACCCCUCGGCGCGCUCAGCCACUUUGCAGCCGCGGGGUACCCUUGCCCGCCCAUGACCAACCCCGCCGAGUUUUACCUCGAGCUCGUCAACGACGACUUUGACGGGCACGCGGACGUGCUUGCGCUCGCCAGGGAGUACGACCCGCGCCCCGUGCUGGCCUUGCUGGAGACGGACCGAGCCAGCUUGACGGGUAUCAUCGCAAGUGACGACGGCGCGUCGGCUUUUGCCCAAGGUCUCGCGCUCCUUGACCGCACGAGCAUCAACAACGUGCGGGACCCUGGCGUGUACUGGGUGCGUCUCGGCAUGUACACGGCGCUGUCGCUCACGACGGGCACGCUCUUCCUCUCGACGAACGCGAAACUCAACGAGGGCAACCGCGUCGCGCUCUUGAUUUACAUCCAAGCGUUCCUCGUCUUUAUGAGCAUCGCCGUGUUGCCCGUGUUCAUCCAGCAGCGCGCGGUGUUUGCACGGGAGCGCGCCAACCAUAAUGUGGCCGUCGCGAGUGCCGUCGGCGCCAACUUUGUGGCGGCGCUGCCCGGCAUCCUCCUCAUCGCGCUGGUUUCGGCCUCGAUUGUCGUGCCACUCGCGGCCCUGCGCCACUUUUGGUACUUUGUACUCAACCUCUUCCUCACGCUCGUCGUCGCCGAGUCCUUCAUGCAUGUCAUCGCCGCCAUCGUGCCGCAGUACAUUGUCGGCAUCGCCCUCGCGUCCGGGAUCUACGGGAUGUUUAUGCUCUGCGAAGGCUUCAUGGUGCCGCGGCCCGAUAUGCCGUCGUACUGGCUCUGGGGCCACUACGCGGCGUUCCAUUCGUACUCGUUCGAGGCCUUCUUGUACAAGCAGCUUGCACCGAUGAACUCGAGCGAGAGCCGCUUUCUCCUCGCGCGCUACGGGCUUCAGGACGUCAACUGCGACCGCAACAUGCUCGUGCUCGCAGCCUACGCGCUCUCUCUUCAAGGCAUCUACUUCUGCAUUCUGCAGCGCUUCCACACGGGUCGCCGAUAAGCAAGCAUAGUACAACGUGUCUAUUCAAAG